CGAUGAUGAAUGGAACCUCCUGGCCUAGGAAUUAUUACUUAAUUUGGAGAUACGCAGUCACAAUUACACAGGCAGAUUACACUCGUGGGCGUCCUUCUAGCAUUUCAACCACAGCGCAGAAUCCACAGAGGCAAAUGUGAUGGGUAACACGCUCUAUUCGAAUUUCAACCAACAUAGCUUUAGUCCAUUCUUCGUUGAUGUUAACGGAACGGCAGCGAUGCCACCGCUCAAAACCAUUCCGUUUCUGCCUGGUCCAGCAGGCUACCUAGCUAGCUGGCGGAAGAGAGCAUCCAUAGAUGAUGCCCGGUCCAAUGUUUCCCCGAAACCUUCUGCUAGUGUCAAGGGGCCUCAUCCUCAAGUUCUGCCCUUUUUCGAACGCCAUUCUUCCUUGAAUUCUACGCUUUUAGGCCUACUAGAACGGUACUCCACAGCGCGGCAUCACCUUGGCUUCUAUAUCAAUGUCGCCGUAUCAGCAACAUAUACCCUGCCGGAAACAUGCUCGUACCCGCUGAAGAGUUUCAUAUAUAGAGCAUGCAAAAUACUUAUUGGCCAACAUCCUAUACUCUCCGUCAUCCCUGUGGGCGAAAAUACGGAUGAACCCCAUUUUGUUCGCCUUCCAGCAAUUGAUUUGGAUACCUGCAUUUCCUUCGAAGAAAGGCGGCAUGGCAACCUUGUUUCCAACCAUUCCUCCAAUCCUGAUCCAGAUAUGGACUUGGAAAAGCUUCUGAACAUCCAACACAACAUCCCAUUUUCUCCACCUUGUCCAUUUUGGAGACUAUGUAUCUUAGCGAAUCAUGAUCAUCCACAUAUAUUCACUGCCUCGUUCAUCUUUCAUCACGCCAUUGGAGAUGGCACGUCUGGAAUGGCUUUUCAUAAAACGUUUCUCCGCGCCUUACAUCUCGAGCUUUCUUCAGCCGAGUCCUCAGACCAAGUAGAUUGUACGAUUGUAUCGCCGAAUAUUCCCCUGUUACCUAACAUAGAAGCGCUCCACCCGAUGACGGUUUCGAUCCCGUUUCUCCUUUCGAUACUCUUCAGGGAGAAAAUAUGGAACAAACAGGAUCCCAACUUGUGGACUGGUUCAAAGAUUACCAUGCCCCUAGAAAAUGAAAUACGCCUUCUUGUCCUUUCCGAAUCUCAGACUCUUUCUUUCAGGGACCUCUGUCGCAAAAAUAAGACUACUAUAACAGCAGCUCUUCACACCUUGGUUGCGGGAGCUGUUUUCUUGAACGUCUCGGCGCAUUACUCUCGACUCCGAUGUGUUGGCGCGCUCUCAAAUCGGCGUUGGCUUGUGGAGCGGAUCUCCGAUGACUCUAUGGGUGUGUUCGUGCAAAACUUGCACGAUUCAUAUCAUCGAGAGAAGUUUUUUGACCAGUCCGGAAACUUCAAGUUUCCGUGGGACGAAGCCGUCAGAUCCCGGAAAACAAUUGAGGACACAAUAAACAUGAAAGGCAAAAAUGCAAUGCCGAAUCUAUUAAAAUAUGUGGGCAAUUUCCACAGCGAGCUGUUCCUAUCUAAAAGGCCGGAUCGCAGAACCCACGAAUUGGCAGGAUGGUCUUUUCGCAGAGUGCUAAUGUUGCAGGGAGUGCGUUUGCGGUGUCCACCAUUACCGGUAGUGACGGAUGCCUAGUGUUAGCGUUUUCAUGGCAAAAAGAUGUCAUAGAACUUCAUUUGGCAGGAGACAUUAUGAAAACGGUUGUACAGCAGUUGGCUAUCAUAUUGUCAGGUCACGUGAUCUGGCUUACUAAUCCUUCCACCAUAUAACUUUCCACAAGCUAGCAACCUUUCAAUCAGACAAGCUUUACACCUUUCACAGGUUAUGAGACCUGUUUUGUGCAAAAAUCACUGCCAAUUCAGGAUUCCUUGUCAAUAUAAUCUAUUUGAACUACUGCUUCAUUCAAUACACUCAUCAGGAGUUAAAAUUGUCUUAUUCUAUCAGUAUUAAUGUGUUUGAGAUCUUGAUGAUCAAUAA